AUGCCUUCAGCAAUCUGUACGGUAUUUGGUUGGAUUCUUCUUGGAGGGUCUAAGCCAUCCCCCGGCCUCGAGGUAAAGUCCACUCAAUCAUUUACUCUGACCGUCGACCAAGAUUUGUCUGUCGUGUUACGGAAAUUCUGGGAGGUUGAAGAGCCAUUUAAUGUCGAUCAUGGUUCUUCAGGCGAUAAAAAUUGCUAUAGGCAUUUCCAGGAGAACGUGCGACGAGAUAUCUCGGGUCGUUUUGUCAUCCGCCUUCCGUUUUCCGACGCGCCCUCCCUUUUAGGUACUCGAGAAGCAGCUCUGGGCUCGCUACGGAGCAUGGAACGCCACCGCCGGCUGAUGGCAUGCCCUGCAUUUCGACAGGCAUAUAAUACCUUCAUGAAAGACUACGAGAGUCUUGGCCACAUGUUGCCAGUCUCCGUUGGUCAACUCGAGCCGGAGCAGGUAGCCUACAUUCCACACCACCCAGUAGUUCGGGACGAUUUUUACAAAAGAAUACGCAUAGUCUUCAAUGCAUCAAUGGAUUGUCGCGAUCGCGACUGGCAACGAAUAUUGUGGCGUGAGUCACCAGACGAUCCACCAACCGCUUUUCAGCUAAACACUGUCACUUACGGCACUGUUUCAGCCCCAUUUCUCGCAAAUGCGUGUAUGCUUGAACUUGCUGUGCAAGAGUCCAUCCGUAUUCCUCUCCGAUCUUCAGUUAUCCAAACGAAUCGAUACGCGGACGAUUUCUUUGUCGGAGCUGAGACGGAAUCCGCGCUUUGCGAAAGGGCUCAAGAGCUCGAGAGUAUUUUGUCAUCAGCAGGCAUGGAAUUAGACAAAUGGGCUUCUAAUUCAUGCACGCUGUUGAGCAGAUUGAGCCCCAAGACUCUCCCAUCUGUCGAGCUCCCGUCAUAUGCGGAUGCACUUGCAUCAGUUCUAGGCAUGCUCUGGGCCCCCGCGUCGGACACCAUGCUCUUUAAGGUCACAGCUUUGGAAAGCCAAGGGCUCGUCACCAAGCGUCAGAUAUUAUCAAACGUGGCUAGACUCUACGACCCCCUUGGUUUUCUAGCUCCAUUUAUUAUCAGGGCGAAAAUUCUACUACAGAGUCUGUGGUUCCACGGUUUAGACUGGGACCAGGCUCUACCCCCAUCAAUUACACGGCUCUGGCAAGAAUUUUCAUCGGAACUCCCGAGAGUCAGCCAACUUCGCAUUUCGCGAUGGAUCCGAGCUGACUCUUCGUCUCAGUGGGAACUGCACGGAUUUUGUGACGCGUCUGAAAAGGCUUACGCAGCUGCGGUUUAUGCAGUUGUGCACAACAAAAGCACCCCAAGAGCUUCCUCGACCGUACAUUGCUGGUCCGAGAAGUAUUACAGCGUUUCUAAUGAUUAA